CUUCACACAGGCGGUUCAAAUACCUUACGACCAAUCGUCGAAAAAUAAACAGAAGCAAAGAAGGAACGGGGAAAAGGUUUUUCGAUCCAGAUAUCAUUGCAGAUUUUGGCUUCAAACACGGCUUAGCAUAACCGGUGGACAAGUAUUUAUUGUAUAGCUUUGCUUGGAUUUUUCAUGGCCAUGAACGACGCAUUAAUUUUCCGAGUUAGUGCAUUCUCCGAGCAAGGAGGAAGGAGAUACAUGGAGGAUGUUAUUGAGUUUAAAGUGGAGUACGAACCGCCUGAACCAGAGCCAGCAGAGGGUGGUCUGAAUUCGGUAGAACAACAAGAUGAGUCAAAAGUAGAGAAACAGGAGAAUGGUCAUACUGAGCAGACCAUAAUAAGCAAUUCCCCCGAAAACGUUCAAGAAUCGGUGCCUGUUAGUGCAAUGUGGACAGAAAACAUAACAUGUGAGAAGCAUGGGGACACUUCCCAGGCAGAAGUUCCAGCAGUGCACACGGUCGUUCGGAAGUCUGUGGCGUUUUUUGGUGUAUUUGACGGUCACGGAGGGCGAGAAGCUGCUCAUUUUGCGCGAGACAAUCUGUGGGGUAUUCUGAAAAAGCAAAGGGGGUUUUGGUCAGAAGAUCAAGGGGAAGUCUGUGAAGCAAUUCGAAAGGGCUUCAUUGCCUGCCACCAUGAUAUGUGGAAAGAGCUACCUGAGUGGCCCAAGACUCUGACCGGCCAGCCCAGUACUGCAGGAACAACGGCCAGUAUAGUGCUGAUCCGGGGGGAUCUGAUGUACGUAGCCCAUGUGGGGGACUCGGCAGUGGUUGUUGGGGUGAAAGAGCCCGGUGAAAAGAACAUCAGAGCCUUGGAAGUCACACAGGACCACAAACCUGAACUUCCCAAAGAGAAGGAGCGCAUUGAGAGACUUGGGGGCAGUGUAGUGAAGAAGUCCGGGGUGAACCGUGUGGUGUGGAAGAGGCCCAGACUGACCCACAAUGGCCCUGUCAGGAGGAGCACUGUCAUAGACCAGAUUCCCUUUCUCGCUGUGGCCAGAGCUUUGGGGGACCUGUGGAGCUAUGACUUCUACAGCGGGGAGUUUGUGGUCUCUCCAGAGCCUGAUGUCACUGUAAUGACCAUUGACCCUAAGAAGCACCGCUACAUCAUCCUGGGUAGUGAUGGCUUGUGGAACAUGAUGCCAGCUAAGGAUGCUGUCGCUAUGUGUGAGUGCCACGAUCAGAUGGUGGGCCCUAAGGGAUGGUCCUGUGCCAAACGGUUAGGAUGCACGGCCUUGCUGUUCUGGCGCCAGCGCAUGCUCCGUGCAGACAACACAACGGUCAUAGUGAUAACCGUGCAGCACCCUGAUGAGCCACCCAUGACCAUGCACCUACAGGAGCUCUAUGUCAAUAUGGCAGAGGGCCUUGAUAAGAUCCCCCCCGUUACAACCGCAAACUCUCCCCGCCGUUACGACGGCCCCAUUAUGCAGAACCCAGAGGUUAACACUGUGUCCUCUGUGGGUGAGCCUCUCCCCCUCCCAGCUCUGGAGUGGAGGAAUAGUCUGUGUGAGGCUGGUCUCUGUCCCCCUUCAGAGCCCCUGGCAGAGGUGGACUCAAAGAGAGUGACCCCAACAGACAGAACCUUGAACGUUUGUUCAAUUGAAGGCACAGGGACUCCAGGGUUCUCAGCACCAUCCACCCCUCUGCUGAGGAGGCUUCGUAGGCCCCCACACACUCCCCUCUCCCCCAGCAUAGCACACCACAGCCUUGGUCGGUCCCCUCACAGUCCCUUGUCUCCCAGGAUGCCUCGCCGCAGCCUGGCCCGUUCUCCACGCAGUCCCUUGUCCCCUAGAACGUCUCGCCGCAGACUCAGUGACCGAACCCCUCUGAGGCGAGGUGGAAAGGGACAGAGACGCUCCCCCAAUGUUCCCGUCAUCCUACCACAGAAACGCAAGGCUGCCUUGUGUGUGUGCUGAACCUCAUCUUACCACGGACGACAGAUUGACUAGGAUGAUGACCUUUAUCAUUCUGCAAAGAGAUGCAUAAGGGCAUCUGAACAUUGUGUGCUCAUGUAUCAACAGUAUGCCACUGUUCCAUUCAUAGAUUAAGUAUACUUUUAUAGUGGAGUCUGGUACCAUCUAAACAUUUUUGUAAAAAUGUGAUGUUUGUGUAUAUGCUAACUUUACAUCUUACGUGUUUUUAUGAUCUUUUGUUUAUUAACUGUUUUAAUGGAAAACAUAUUUUAUCUAGUGUAUACUGCUGGUCAUAUUUCCACCCCCUUUUUAUGUUUAAAAUAAUAAUAAUAAUAAUAAAUCAAUAAAAAAUCCCAUAUUCUGUACCAAUAGAAAAAUAUUAUACUAAAUACUUUCCAAACUGUACAUUAUUCAUACUUAGCAAUAUGUGUAUUUUUGAAAAUCAGAAUGAAUUGACUAUCCUGAACUAAACCACAGAGCCUGAAUGAAUUUGGUGAUAAACGCCACACCUUGUUUUAACUUCCAUGCGGAGAUCAAGGUGCUUAGUUUCUAUCACUGGACAGGUGAAGAGCAGUCAGGAAUGCCAAAUAAGUGUUUUGAAUCGGGAGAGGGGGAUCCAUGGUGUUUUGAAUCGGGAGAGGGGGAUCCAUGGUGUUUUGAAUCGGGAGAGGGGGAUCCAUGGUGUUUUGAAUCGGGAGAGGGGGAUCCAUGGUGUUUUGAAUCGGGAGAGGGGGAUCCAUGGUGUUUUGAAUUGAGAGGGGGAUCCAUAGUGUUUUGAAUUGGGAGAGGGGGAUCCAUGGUGUUUUGAAUUGGGAGAGGGAGAUCCAUGGUGUUUUGAAUCGGGGGAUCCAUGGUGUUUUGAAUUGGGAGAGGGGGAUCCAUGUUUUGAAUCGGGGGAUCCAUGGUGUUUUGAAUCGGGAGAGGGGGAUCCAUGGUGUUUUGAAUCGGGAGAGGGGGAUCCAUGGUGUUUUGAAUCGGGAGAGGGGGAUCCAUGGUGUUUUGAAUCGGGAGAGGGGGAUCCAUGGUGUUUUGAAUCGGGAGAGGGGGAUCCAUGGUGUUUUGAAUCGGGAGAGGGGGAUCCAUGGUGUUUUGAAUUGAGAGGGGGAUCCAUAGUGUUUUGAAUUGGGAGAGGGGGAUCCAUGGUGUUUUGAAUUGGGAGAGGGAGAUCCAUGGUGUUUUGAAUCGGGGGAUCCAUGGUGUUUUGAAUUGGGAGAGGGGGAUCCAUGUUUUGAAUCGGGGGAUCCAUGGUGUUUUGAAUCGGGAGAGGGGGAUCCAUGGUGUUUUCAGAACUACAUGUGUUAAAUGUAGAAUAUCCAGAAUGUGCUACCUGCUAUGAAUACUUUAUAUAUCCCCAUAGUUGAUUUAUUUCAAAUAGUUGAAUCUUUCCCUGGUUCCCCAUGAAUAGUUGGCCUUGCAUCAUUGUUCUCAUGUAUUGCUUUCAGCUAUCCACUGGAGGGCACCCACUGCAAGUGUAAAUGUGGUGUCAAGUCGUUUCAGUGCUGUGUGAUUUACUUUGCAAGUGUUCAAAUACCCCAUAUUCAUAAAGUAUAGUGGAUUUGAUCUCAUGAAAGUUAUGAUUGUUGUGUCAGUUUAAUGCCCUCUUGGAUUUCUGAAUCCAUAAAAGUGUGAAUUAAAUCUUAAAACGAUUAACAAAUGACAGCUCAUUAUGUCACCCCGUUGGGAAGUUGGCCUUGCUUGUAUGAUGAGAUAUUUGGAGUUAAAAUAUUUGACUCAGCUAAAAUGUGUUUGUUGACAAUUACCUUAAACUUCAAUCAGUCAAAUAGUGUUAUGUUUACAAAGCUGAGUUCUCAUAACCAGACAAGUGGAAUACACCUCUGAAAUACACUACAUGGCCAAAAGUAUGUGGACACCUGCUUGUCAAGCAUCUCAUUCCAAAAUCAUGGGCAUUAAUAUGAAGUUGGUCCCCCCCCUUUGCUGCUAUAACAGCCUCCACUCUUCUGGGAAGGCUUUCUACUAGAUGUUGGAACAUUGGUGCAGGGACUUGCUUCCAUUCAGCCACAAGAGCAUUGGUGAGGUCAGGCACUGAUGUUAGGCGAUUAGGCCUGGCUUGCAGUUGGUGUUCCAUUUCAUCCCUAAGGUGUGCAGUUGAGGUCAGGGCUCUGUGCAGGCCAGUCAAGUUGUUCCACACCGAUCUCGACAAACCAUUUAUGUAUGGACCUCGCUUUGUGCACGGGGGCAUUGUCAUGCUGAAACAGGAAGGAGCCUUCCCCAAACUUUUGCCACAAAGUUGGAAGCACAGAAUCGUCUAGAAUGUCAUUGUAUGCUGUAGCGAUAAGAUUUCCUUUCAUUGGAACGAAGUGGCCCGAACCAUGAGAGACGGCCCCAGACCAUUAUUGCUCCUCCACCAAAUUGACAGUUGGCACUAUGCAUUGGGACAGGUGGCAUUCUCCUGGCAUCCGCAAACCUAGAUUCAUCUGCCAGAUGGUGAAGCUUGAUUCAUCACUCCAGAAAACGCAUUUCCACUGCUCCAGAGUCCAUCGGCGGCAAGCUUUACACCACUCCAGCCGACUUGGCAUUUUGCAUGGUGAUCUUAGCCUUGUGUGCGGUUGCUCGGCCAUAGAAACCCAUUUCAUGAAUCACCCGACGAACAGUUCUUGUGCUGACGUUGCUUCCAGAGGCAGUUUGGAACUCGGUAGUGAGUGUUGCAACCGAGGACAGACGAUUUUUACGUGCUUCAGUACUCGGGGGGUCUCGUUUUGUGAGCUUGUGUGGCCAUCACUUUGUGGCUGAGCUGUUGUUGUCCUCUAUGUUUCCACUUCGAAAUAACAGCUACUUACAGUUGACCGGGGCAGCUCUAGCAGGGCAGAAAUGUGAUGAACUGACUUGUUGGAAAGGUGGCAUCCUAUGACAGUGCCACGUUGAAGCUCGUCAGUAAGGCCAUUCUACUGCCAAUGUUUGUCUAUAGAGAUUGUAAGGCUGUGUGCUUGAUUCUAUACACCUGUCUGCAACGGGUGUGGCUGAAAUAGCAGAAUCCACUAAUAUGAAAGGCUGUCCACAUACUCUUGUAUAUAUAUGGUGUAUGAUGCCAUCUUUAGUGCACCCAUGGCUCACUGGAUUUACAAAUCGGAUAAUUGCACAUUUGCAGCACAGAUAAUUGUUCUUACACCAACCAUUGUGGUACCAUUGACACUGCAGAAUAAUGUCGAUCUUGUACAGGCAUAGAUUAAUACAAUUGUGUUAUUUUGAAAACAGAAAAAUAUCUUCCAUAGCAUUGAAGUGCUUUUGUAAAUAUGAUUUUAUUUGUACAGUAUAUUAUGCAAAACCGGCAUUGGGUUUUACAUGAAUGUGGCAUGAUCAGCUCUGUUUGUGUUGAAGUGUAUUAAGGGAUGGCUUUAUUAAUAGAAAUUAUUAUUUGCUAGAUAGAUUACAUAGACAUUUCCACUUUACAUCCAUUACAGUGAUAAUCAAUGUAUGUCUUGAUGUCAAACUGCAAUACCUGCCUUGAAUGUGACUAAAUAAGUGUGUUGAAUAAAUACGUUGUCAUUUCAAA